GCUCCUCUAGUCUUCUGGUACAAUAUGGUUCACACAAAUAUUUCGCAGAGUCUUCUGGUGAAGCAUUUGAAAGCUAUUACACUAACCAGCAGUCUUCUGGUGAAGCCUUUACAAGAAAUCAAUGGGUUUCAUUGUGGGAGUGGGAAAUAACUGAAGAAGAGAGAAGUUCAGAGAAAGAAGAAGGCUCACACUCUCUCUCUGUCUCUCUGUCUCUCUUUGUUUCUUCUUUCUCUGCUUUUUCUUCUCUGUUCCAUGGCUGAUGCACUUGGAUUUUCUUUCAAAACCUCAUUUUGUUCUGCUGCGAGAAUCGCCAAAUCGAGGCUUGCUUUUUUAUCCAACAGGAGUUUUCGGAAAAGGGUUGGCUUUGCUGCGGAUUCUCCUCGUGCUUCCGUUGAUUUUGUUUCCAGAAUAUCCUUCAGACCCACCAAGAAAGUUCCUUCGUUUAAGGUUCACGCAACCAUUGAUCAAACUGAGGCUCCAAAGUGGUGGGAGAAAAAUGCAGGGCCGAACAUGAUUGAUAUUCAUUCUACAAAAGAAUUGUUGGAUGCAUUAAGUCAAGCUGGAGAUACACUAGUUAUUGUUGAAUUUUAUGGAACGUGGUGUGCUUCUUGUAGAGCGUUAUUUCCCAAGCUUUGUAGAACUGCCACGGAGCACCCUGAAAUUUUGUUCCUAAAAGUCAAUUUUGAUGAAAACAAGCCUAUGUGCAAAAGUUUGAAUGUAAAAGUCCUCCCGUAUUUCCAUUUCUAUCGCGGAGCUGAUGGACAACUGGAGUCCUUCUCUUGCUCACUUGCCAAAUUCCAGAAAAUUAAGGAUGCUAUUGAAUUACACAACACGGCUCGUUGCAGCAUUGGUCCUCCUAGAGGUUUGGGAGAUAUCAAACUCGAAACGCUUUUGACUGCCAAGGAUGUAGCGGCAGGAUCUUCUUCCCCAUCGUAGUUUCUUGGUUCAAUGAUCUCUGCAGCGCGUUUUCGCCCUAUCUGAAACCAUAAUGGUAACCUACCUAUUUGUGAUGUUUUCAGGGGUAAUGAGGCAUUAGGAACAUUAUAUGAGCACAUUUUUUAUUUUCUGUAUUAUAGAAUCAAUCAUUGAGUGUAUAGUUCACUUGAGAUGCACAUGGUUCAAAUUAGUCUAUUCUUCUGUAGUUUAUUGUUCUUUUGUGUCAGUAAUAAUUUACAUGCACUAAAUUAAACAAAAUCCUUUCAUAGUCA